GUGGCAGUUGCACAUACACAAGUGGCAAAGUUAAAGCAGAAAUGGCCCCAGGACACAUGGCACGGCGUGUCCUUAUCACAGGCGCGAAUGGUGGCAUAGGGUUUGAGGUUGCGAAGCAAAUCCUGGCGAAAGGCCACAACAUCAUUCUAACAUGUCGUGACGCUUCCAAGGCUGAGAAGGCUGUGGCUUUGCUGGAGCCCACGGCAAAGGUUUCCGGAGGCAGCGUGGAGUACGCCAUACUGGAUUUGGCAAACCUGGACAAUGUUCGAUUGGGGGCCACGUCGCUCCUGAACCGACACCCCAAGCUGGACGUGUUAGUUGCGAAUGCGGGGGUGAUGUCCAACGCACCGCCAGGGGCGCCACUUCAACGCACGGUGGACGGCCAAGAGCUCACGCUGCAGGCAAAUCACCUCGGCCACUUCCUCCUCAUACACCUGCUGCUGCCGGCGCUGCUCGCGGCCCCCGCCGGCCGCGUCGUGGUGGUGUCCUCCGAGCUCCAUCGCAAGGUGAAGGGCGUGGAGGGGUCCAGCGGCAGUAGCACCAGCGGAAGUAGCAACGCCCAGGGACUCACAGACAUCCACCCGGGCGGCAGCGGCGCCACAGCCAGCCCGCAGUGGCUCCCGCGCCUCAGCACCGCCGGCACGUCCUCCGGAGCACCCACAGCACCUGCUGUGGCCACCGCACCCGCCGCAACCAGCGCGCCGCCUCCACCCUGGGCGACGGCUCCGCCGCAGCCCUGCCCUCUGUCGGGCAUGCAGCUGUACUGCCUGUCGAAACUGUACAACCUGUGGUUCGUGUCGGGCCUGGCCGCCCGCCUGCCGCCCCACGUGACCGCAAACGCCGUGACGCCGGGCUGGGUGCCGGGCACCAGCCUGGGCCGGGACGCGCCGUGGCUGGCACGGCUGGUUUACCAGAACGUGUUCCCGCUGCUGCCCAUCACGGUGUCUGUGCCGGAGGGCGCGAGGCGAGUGGUGGCUGUGUGCCUGGGCGAGGCGGAAGGCGCGGUGCGCGGCGGCUACUUCUCACGCGGCAAGCAGGCCGAGCCCAGCGCCGAGGCGCGUGAUAAGGCGGCAGCGGAGGAGCUGUGGCGGCUGAGCGAGGCCGCGGCUGGCAUUGCCCCAGGCGCCUACGUGCCGGCCGAGGGCAAGGCAGGGCCGGCAGGCGCACAAUGACAGGGGCUGCAUGGUCGAUGUUUUGCCUAGGCGCUGGACUUCUGGCGGACUGGAGCAUUAUUGGAACCUGGCCAUGGACAGAGCUGCGGAUGCGCCGGUUUGAUGUUGUGGUGUUGGCAAGUGGGUAUCGUACAGCGCUUUCUCAGCGCUCGUAUCUUCCUUCGUUCGGAACGAGAUUUGCCCAAAAAGGCCUCUGGCGGACGAAAUUUUUGUGAUGUUAACUUGAAAUUUCGGCCAAAACGCACGGGAUCUUGGGGGGUCUUUCGGCAAACAGACGAAGACAUUUUUGGGAUUUCGGCCACUUGUGGCCAAGGACAGGGGGUUCCAGCGGCUACUCCACGGCCGAAACCUGCGUGUCACAUGGUAAGACGGCUCAAAGGGCUGUAUCUAUGGGUGUUGACGGCGGGAGACAGGGGUUCCCCUGGCGGGAGAGUGAGGUUGGGUCGGCGGGAAGCAGGGGAGGAGUGGGCGUGUCGUGUUGGUGUCGACAUCGUGCGGGUCGGGGGCGGAGCCCCCGGAAAAAUUUUGGGGGUGAACGAAGCGGCGGCAUCCUGUUUCGUCAACUGAACGAAGCCAUUUUAAGGAAUUCGGCCACU